GACUCGCCGUUUUACGCCGUCUAUGACCUGGACCUGAAGGAGAGCGCCCUGGGGGAGGGGAGCUUCUCCAUCUGCAGGCGCUGCACCCACAGGAAGACAGGCCAGAGCUACGCCGUGAAGAUCGUCAGCAAACGAAUGGAGUCUCAGACGCAGAAGGAGAUCGCAGCCCUGAAACUGUGCGAUGGCCACACCAACAUUGUCAAGUGCUACGAGACAUACCACGACCAGCUGCAUACGUACCUGGUGCUGGAGCUGCUGCGGGGCGGCGAGCUUCUAGAUAGGAUCCGGCGCAAGCAGCACUUCAGUGAGAGCGAGGCCAGCAGCAUCAUGCGGCGCCUGGUGUCGGCCGUCAGCCACAUGCAUGAUGUCGGCGUGGUGCACCGCGAUCUCAAGCCGGAGAAUCUGCUGUUUACUGACAACGGCGAGGCUUCGGAGAUAAAGGUCAUCGACUUUGGAUUUGCCCGUCUGAAGCCCCCCGACAACCAGCUGCUGAAGACGCCCUGCUUCACGCUGCAGUACGCCGCGCCGGAAGUCCUCAAAUACGACGGCUACGAUGAGUCAUGUGACCUGUGGAGCCUGGGCGUCAUCCUGUACACCAUGCUUUCUGGACAGGCACCCUUUCAGUGUCACCCUAAAAGCGGUGCCUCUACCUCUGCUGAGGAAAUCAUGCAGAAGAUAAAAAAAGGGGACUUUUCAUUUGAAGGAGAGGCGUGGAGAAAUGUAUCCCAGCAGGCAAAGGACCUAAUAAAAGAUCUCCUGACAGUUGACCCACAGAAGCGGAUCAAGAUGACCGGCCUGCAACACAAUGCCUGGCUCCAGGGUGGCGGCCAGCUGUCUUCCAGCCCCCUCAUGUCGCCCACCAUCUUGGGUUCUUCCGCUGCUGCUGUGCACACCUGUGUCAAAGCCACCUUCAAUGCCUUCAACAAGUGCAAACGUGAGGGCUUCUGUUUGCAAACAGUGGACAAGGCCCCGCUAGCAAAGAGGAGGAGGAUGAAGAAGACUAGCACCAGCACAGAGACGCGGAGCAGCUCCAGUGACAGCUCACGCUCCUCCUCUUCCUCGCAAGACCACACCUUUUGUGGGGACACAUCCCGGCUUCAUGGUGGUGUCCCCUUCACUCCCGGUCCAGGCAUCAGUGAAGACCCCUCUUCAUGUCCUCCCAGCCCAGAGUAAACUCAAGGACAUACACUCACAGUCUACACUCCACCAAACAAACAUACACUCACAGUCUACACUCCGCCAAACAAACAUACACUCACAGUCUACCCUCCGCCAAACAAACACUCA